UGUCUCUCUCCCCUCUUCUCUCCCCCCCCUGCCUUCGCCAACUCUUUCUCCCCGCCAUUUCUUUGCUCCGAAAAACAAGCAAAACCUCCAAAACGCCUUACGCUCUCUGUUUCUCAUGGCCUCACACCAUUCACUUUCUUCUACCACAUUCCCAAUCCCUUUCUCCACAUGCAGUACCACCGCGUCUUCUCUUUCAAACGAUCGUAAUCUGAAAUCGAAUCGAUAUAUACAUUUCGCAUAUCAAUUCAAUCGUCUUCUUCGUUCGGAGGCUGAGCACGGCGGUCGAUAUGAUCAGCAGAGACAGAGAACAACUCAAAGAUCUCUCUGUUAGGGUUUUCUCUGUUCUCCUUUUCUUCAGCUUCUUCAGCUUACCUCUGCCCCGAAUUGCUGGGCAGGACACGGCAAGCUAUGAUCUCGCCACCGAGCUCGUCUUGAGCCGCUAUUCCAAUCUCACCCCUGUCUUCAAAGACGAACUUCAGAGUAAAUUUAGCUUCUGCAUCGUCGACAUAGACGAGGACUGGGAUGGGGCUUUCAAUUUCUCAAAAGACUCAAGGUUCAUUUCCAACUGCGCUAAGAAAAUGGCAGGUGGAUCAAUUGGAGAGGUUUUGGGCCGAUUGUGCACAGCUGCAGAGAUCAAGCUGUAUUCUGAAGGUUUAUUACAAUCCGGGAAAACCAGUUACUUGAAACCGAACAAGAACUGCAAUUUGUCAUCGUGGGUUUCUGGAUGUGAGCCUGGGUGGGCGUGUGGUUCUUCUGAGAAAGUUGACCCGAAAAAUCGAUCCUAUGUGCCUGUCAGAAGUAAUGACUGUGCACCUUGUUGUGAGGGUUUCUUCUGCCCUCAUGGCCUUACUUGCAUGCUCCCUUGCCCGAAGGGUGCUUACUGCCCAUUUGCAAAACUCAAUAAUGAAACUGGUACAUGCGAGCCAUACAGUUAUCAGCUACCUCCUGGGAAGCAAAACCAUACUUGUGGAGGAGCAGAUAAGUGGGCUGAUUUCUCGAGUAGUAAAGAGUUAUUCUGUUCGGGUGGAUCAUAUUGUCCGUCUACCAUCCAAAAAAAUCCUUGCAGUAUUUCUGCCCAUUGCAGACAUUAUUGCAGGCAAGGUUCCACAUCUCAGGAACAGUGUUUCCGGAUGGCGACUUGUAAGUCACAAUCAGAAAAUCAAAAUAUUACUGCAUACGGUAUCCUGCUUUUUGCUGGAUUAAUUUUCAUCCUUCUCAUUAUAUAUAAUUGUUCUGACCAAGUUCUCGCCACCCGAGAGAAAAGACAAGCAAAAUCCAGGGAAAAAGCAGUUCAAAGUGUAAGAGAAACUGCUCAAGCGCGUGAAAAAUGGAAAUCUGCAAAAGACAUUGCUAAGAAGCAUGCAGUUGGACUGUCAUCACAAUUUUCACGGACAUUUUCUCGCCGAAAAUCUACCAGGCAUUCGGACCAGCUGAAAGGACUGGGACAAGCUAAACCUGGAACAGAUGCUGCCUUGCCACCUAUGCCACCCAAUGAGCAAUCAGCUGGAACAUCUAAAGGAAAGAAAAAAGACAAAAGCAGCCUCACACAAAUGAUACAUGCAAUCGAGGAAGAUCCAAAUAGUCAUGAAGGUUUCAAUCUAGAGAUAGGAGAUAAAAAUAUUAAAAAGCAAACAGGAAAAGCACCAAAAGGUAAGCAGUUGCAUACUCAGAGUCAAAUUUUCAAGUAUGCAUAUGGUCAAAUUGAGAAGGAAAAGGCAUUACAAGAGCAGAAUGCAAACUUAACCUUCUCUGGGGUUAUACAAAUGGCUGGUGAUACUGAAAUCAGUAAGAGGCCUCCAAUUGAGGUUGCUUUUAAAGAUCUAACCCUUACAUUGAAAGGAAAAAACAAACAUCUUAUGAGGUGCGUGACUGGGAAAAUAUCACCCGGGAGGGUUUCAGCUGUCAUGGGUCCAUCUGGAGCUGGAAAAACAACGUUUCUUUCUGCUUUGGCUGGAAAAAUUAGGGGAUGCACCAUGAGCGGUAUGAUACUUGUAAAUGGAAAGAUGGAAUCCAUCCAUUCAUACAAGAAAAUCAUUGGCUUUGUGCCACAAGAUGAUAUUGUGCAUGGAAAUUUGACAGUAGAAGAAAAUCUCUGGUUCAGCGCAAGAUGCAGACUCUCUGCUGAUCUGCCUAAACCAGAAAAGGUCUUAGUCGUUGAAAGAGUUAUUGAAUCCUUGGGCCUGCAGGCAGUGCGGGAUUCCCUGGUUGGAACGGUGGAAAGGCGAGGAAUCUCUGGAGGUCAAAGAAAGCGAGUAAAUGUUGGGCUGGAAAUGGUCAUGGAACCAUCACUUCUAAUUUUAGAUGAACCCACAUCAGGUUUGGAUAGUUCAUCUUCUAAUUUGUUGCUGAGAGCUCUUAGACGUGAGGCUCUUGAAGGAGUUAACAUUUGCAUGGUUGUCCACCAACCUAGCUACACAUUGUUCAAGAUGUUUGAUGAUUUGAUCCUUCUGGCUAAAGGUGGACUUACGGUGUAUCAUGGAUCAGUGAAGAAAGUUGAAGAGUACUUUGCUACCCUUGGGAUUACUGUCCCUGAGCGUGUCAACCCUCCGGACUAUUUCAUUGACAUUUUGGAAGGCAUAGUAAAACCAAGCACAAGCUCUGGGGUGACCUAUAAGCAACUACCUGUUAGAUGGAUGCUUCACAAUGGGUACCCAGUUCCUAUGGACAUGCUCCAGAGUUCUGAUGGAAUGGCUGCAUCUGCAGGCGAAAAUUCAGCUCAUGGAGGAAGUACUCCAAAUGCUGGAUCUGAUGGACAGUCCUUUGCUGGAGACUUUUGGCAGGAUGUCAAGUGUCAUGUUGAGGUGAAUAAGGACGCUUUACAACAUAACUUCUUGAAGUCAAGCGACUUAUCUGAGCGGAUUACCCCUGGUGUGUUCCAGCAAUAUAGAUACUUCCUUGGGAGGGGUGGUAAGCAGCGGUUACGAGAAGCUAGGACCCAAGCUGUAGAUUUUCUGAUUUUAUUGAUUGCUGGAGUCUGCUUAGGAACACUUGCCAAAGUGAGCGAUGAAACCUUUGGUGCAAUUGGUUAUACAUACACCGUCAUAGCAGUUUCUCUCCUGUGCAAGAUUGCAGCUUUGAGAACAUUUGGACUGGAUAAAUUGCACUACUGGAGAGAGAGCUCUUCUGGCAUGAGUAGCUUGGCUUACUUUCUGUCGAGGGAUACAAUUGAUCUUUUCAAUACAAUCAUUAAGCCUCUAGUGUAUCUCUCAAUGUUCUAUUUCUUCAACAACCCAAGAUCAUCCGUCAUAGAUAAUUUCAUCGUUUUGCUUUGUCUGGUUUACUGCGUGACUGGUAUAGCUUAUGCCCUGGCUAUCUACCUGGCACCUGGUCCAGCCCAACUGUGGUCGGUACUUCUUCCAGUCGUUUUGACUCUAAUAGCAAACUAUAAUGAGAACAAAUUUGUUUCAAGAAUAGCUGAUUUGUGCUACACUAAGUGGGCUUUGGAAGCUUUUGUCAUAGCAAAUGCUAAAAGGUAUUCUGGAGUGUGGUUAAUCACACGAUGUGGUUCACUUAUGAAAACUGGCUAUGAUCUCAAUCAUUGGUACCGUAGUUUAAUCUUCCUCAUCAUUACUGGUAUGGUUUCUCGAUGCAUUGCAUACUUGUUACUGGUACUCUUCCAAAAGAAGUAACUCAGUCUGAUCCUUUCAACCCAUUCUCCCUGUACAUAAAUGGAAAAUUCUUUACAAAGAUGCUUGCCUCACUACAUAACCCUCAGAGUCUCGUGAAGAUGCCAGAGAUUCACGAGAAUGUUACAUACUGUAGAAUCAAUAUUGGUAAUCUGUAGACGAGUAAAUGCCGCAUUUUCUUUAGGUAGCUCUUCCAGUCUGUAUAGGUGUAGAUAACAGUGGUAUUUUAUUUAUUCAAGGUAGCUCUUCCUCCUAAGGGUUCUGCUUGUUGUUAUGCAUUUGUUGUACAAUCAGUUGUUUCUAUAUUAUUUGUAUCCACAUGGUUCUGCUUCUGCCAAA